AUGUCAGAGCGAUUUCGUGAGCGGGUGAGUUCAAGCUCAAUUAUUUCCCAAUGAGGAGCUUUUUUUGUGAUGUGAUUACUCCCACUUUGAAAGUUUGAUCUCCCAUCCACAUUCGGUAGUUAUAAAUGAUCAAAUAAAAAUUAUUGUGAGUCUGAAAAAAACUGACCACUUCAGAUUCCAAAUAAUUAAGUUAUAUGGAUACACGGACUUAGUUCUAACUUUUCAUACAUCAUUCAAAACAAGAAAUCUCAAUUUUUGUAAAAUUGUAGAAGUGAAAAUUGGAAUGGUCUCAGAAUGAUUUUACUGCUUUUGAAUUUCUGAGUACCCCUUUAUAUAAGAAGAAAAAAACUUCUCUCCGUUUGUUAAAUCAAACUUUCAGAUUCUCUUUAUUUUUUUCUGAUAAUUUGAAAAAAAUGCCACGUUAUCAUGGUUUAUCAUUAGCUAGUCGUUAUUUUUCAUUAUUUUUCGUUUUUUCGCUUCAAAUCAUUCAAAAAAAUGAACUAAUAAUUUCUUUGGCUGCUCCAUUCAAUAAGGAUUAAAAGAAACUAUUUGAAAAAAGAAAGAAAAAAACUUUACAAGGAUAUUUGUUAAGCCAUCCAAAAAUUGUCUUUUUUUCUCUAGUUCUGAGCUUUUUGAGCAUUUUGGAUCUUUUCAUUUUGAUUUUACUCCUUAUUUAACUUGAUAUAGUGUAAAUUCCACAAAAAUACUCGACCAGUUGGAAUGAAACAAUUUGCAGCUCGGACUGUUAUCAGAAGAACUAAACGAUCCAACUCGCUCGGUAUCUCCUACUGGGAGUCGAUCUCCGCGGAGGAUGAGCCGCUCUCCUCGACCUCACACUUCCCAGUCAGUACAAAAUCUGUGUUUUUUGAAAUGCACUGUAUAUCAGAGAAACACCUAAAAGCAAAUGUCUGGACAAAAAAAUCUGUAUCCAAUUUAUUUGUUUCAUUUUUUUCACUCGACGCGCCAGUGAAAUUUUAAAAUUAAUUGAUUUUUUCAAAUUUUUCUCUUGAUGUUUAUGAAAGUUGAGCUAUGAAAACUAAGAAUUCGAUUGACGGUGGCACCUACUUUAUGAAAAAAAGCUUGAUCAAAAAAACAAGCAUGGAUACAAAUUUCGAAAUCUUUCCGAAAAUUCAAUAUUUGAUAUAAAAAAAGCUAAGUUGCAGAUAAAGUUUGGUUUCUUGAGCCAAGGAUAAUCCAUUUUUUUCUAUUUAGAUCUUUUUAAAAACGCAUAUUUUUUUCAAAUAAUUCUACUGAUUUUUUUGGUAGUGUUGAAUCCUGCUAAUCGAAAAAAAUACCGAGAAAAACACGAUUUUCAAAACAAAAAAAUUCGUUCAAUAUUCUUUUUAGAAUCUUAUAAACCGCAUAGUACUUUUUUUUCCAAAAUUAAGUAUCUUCUGUUGUUUUACCGUAAGUUUUUGAGUAUUAAAACUGCAAAAAUGUAUCCGUUACUCAAAAUUUUUUUUUCCUUUCUUGAAAGUGGGAUCUAUGCUUAAAAAAAUCGGAAAAGGUUAAGUUCUCCGAAAAUUUUACGAAGGAUGUAUGUCCGUGUUAGAUUUUCUUCCUGCAUGUUACAUACGUUCAAAAGUAUCAUCAACAUCUGAUGAUCGACAAAUCUGUUCUCGAAAGGCCUUGCAUUAACAACCAGCCAGCGGCGCCCAAGUGUACAGUGGUGACGUGUCACCGCUGGCCACGAUGGUUACAACGGACCUGGCUUGUAGGAAGUCACCUGAUGGGCUCGCGGAGCAAGGUAGACGCACGAGCCUACGAAACUUUUCACAUGGCUCGUUCUAACGUGAUUCGCACUGAAUGAGCAACACCUGUGGGCAUAGAGAUUCCGGAAAAAGUACUCUCUAAAGGAGGAAGUGGAAAGAGAGUUUUGAAAAAGAAUUGAUACCUAAACUACCAAUUUAUGACGAUAAUUAUAGUUCACAUAAAACCUCAAUAGCCUUGUUCAAAUCUGGACUGUUUUACAGUUUCAAAGGAAAAAAACAAACAUAUUUUUUUCAAUUUUUUUGGCCGGCGAUACAAAUUGAACUUUCGAGAAUUCAUUUCUGACUUUUUUUCAUUUGAAAAAGUUUAAAAAAAUUCAGUGAGCCGGCAAUUGGAAUUACUCAUCCGGUGGUCAGAGAUUCUCGUCCUGAAAUCGCUGCCUGGCCGGCUCCUACCGUUGAAAAUUCCUUGCGAAAUGAUCCACCAAUGCGAGGACUUAGUGGGAACGUUAGGUGAGACUGGAAAAAAACUGAACAAAUUUUGCAAAUUGUUUCAGAACUCUGACUGUCGGUCCUGCGCCGAUGUCGCCUUCUCCCAUUUCUCCGAUCUCUCAACAUUCUCCAGCGAGUUCCAAGCAUGAGUUUGAAAAUACUUCGACUCUUCUGACCGCUUUGAAAGUUGCCGCUGCGAGCAGUAAUGCAGGAUGUGCUCUAACAUUUUUUUUUCAAUUUUCAUUGGAUUAUUUCAGUUCAACCGAUUGGAAGAGAAACUGAACUCAAGAGGAAAAUUCAAACGCUGGAAGAAACAGUCGCCGAGUAUGAACGGCAGAAAUACAAUGUCAUGGGAACUUUCAGCGAGUAUCGGUACUGAGGAAAAAAUUCUUUAAACAAAAACAAAAAAAAAUUGUUGCAGAGAACGAGUUGCUGAGAGAGAACGGAAGUUGGAAGCGGAGUAUUCGAGCAAAAUCAUUGCUCUCUCUGAAGAAGUUCUUGGUGCCAAGAAAGAUUUUGAAGCUAGAAUGAAGAGUUUCCAAGCGCUACAGGUAAACUCUCUAGAAAGAUUGGCAUGUUGAAUUCUUUUUUCAGGACAAGUUCGAGAGAGAAAAAGAGCAAGCUCUGGAAAAGUUACGGAAGGAGCACCAAAAAGAAAUCCAACUGUUAGAGCAGCGGUUCUCUGACACGCAACUGCUGAAUUUGGAGCAGAAGUAUUUUGAACCACUUCAAUGUAUGCUCAUGACUUUUUAAGGUACAUUCUGGAAAUUCAACGACUGGAAGAAGAAAGAAAAUCCUUACGAACCGAAAAAGAAAGACUAGGAGAAACUUUCGAAAUGAAGUUGCGAAGAGCCCAAUCCCUGUAUGAAACUGAGCUCACCGCAGCUAAAAUGUUGUAUACUCGAGAGCUGGAAGCUCUGAGAGAUCACGAAGAAGCUUUGAAGGAAGAGUUGCUGGCCCGGUAAUUCCUCUCAGUCAUUGCAAAAGCUAUCUUUUUUUUUCAGACAAGACGAAUUCCAUGACCGUCUUCAAGAGCUCCAGCUGCAGUCAAAAAAAGGCCGGGAGGAGCUUGUUUGCUGUAAAAAUGAAGUGACAGCGUUGGAGAAAAAACUUCAAAACAAAGAAAAAGAAGUUCAAGCCAUAACAAAAGAGGUUAAUCACCAUAGUUUCUUUCUACAAGCAUUUUUUCCAGUUGGACGUUGUCAAGACUGAGACAACCGACAAUUUGCGCCGAUUGAGCGUUGUUACCGCUGAAUUCACAGAGUACAAGCAGAAAUACCAACAACAGGAAGAAGAACUGAAAAGGAAAGCUCGUGAGUUGCAAAUUUUGCAAAUGGUGAAAAUAUUUUCUCAUUUCAGGCCUUCUCAGCGUUGUUGAAGCAGCCAAAGACAAACUUGAAUCUGUUAUUUCCGAUUUGCAGGUAGAGGUGAAAGCUCUGAAAAAUAAGGUGAAAAAGAAAAAAAAAAUCUGACAAUUUGAAAAGUUUCCAGGUUGAGUUCCUCGAGAAAGAACGAGAAAACCUUCAAAGCCAAAGUGAGAGUCAGGCCCAUUUGCAAAACUCCCAAGUUGAUGCUCUGGAAGCGGUUUUUUGUUAAGAAUAUUCCAAUUUUUGAGAUUGUUAUUCAGGUCCUCGACAGCGUCACCAAAGAAAAAGAAAGUACGAAAGAGCACUACGAAGGAUUGCUGAUCAGAGAAAGACAACAAGCCGAAGCGCGAGAACAUGCCAUGAAAAAAGAGUUCAGCAGCAAACUGAACGAGCUGGAGGAGCAGUACACGAGCUUGAAAGAAGAGCUCGAAGAGUCGGCUCGCCUCGACAAAGACGAGCUUCGCGAAUCCACGCAAUAUGAAAUCCAAGUGCUAAAAAGUGAAAAGGAGAUAUUGGAAGAGGAAGUCAAAACUCUCUCCGAGAAGAUGUCAAGCAGUUCUGAAGAUCCGGACGAAGUCACUGCUCAGUUAGCGAAAAUUGUCGAAGAUACGACUAGUCUCACCAAAGCUCUGGAUGAGUACCGUAAAAGGAUCGACAGCAAAGGUAACUUAUUUGAUAACACUGUUUAUUUUGAUAUGCUUAAUAUGCUUCAGACGAGGAAAUCGGACAGCUACGAAGAAGAAUUGACGAGGAAGCGGCCUCGAACGACGAGCGAAGACGGGAAGACUUCGAAAAAGCGCAAGAAAAUCUUCACUACAAAGAGGAACAGUACAAUCAGGAUAUAAAAAGCGUGAAAGCAGAGGUUUUCUUGAAUUUAAUUCAUCUUUAGAAGUAAUUUUUAGUUGGACCAGUAUCGUGGUUUUUAUGAGAACGAAAAACGCACAAGCAAAGAACGAUCGAAGAAAAUCAAAGAGUUGGAAGGGCAGAACUUUGCACUUCAUGCCGAACUGGGACACGUUCAGAAGGUCGAAAUUGUUCGGAACUAGCUUAGGAGAUUCCAUUUUAGGCUGUCGAGGCGAUGGGCGAAGAGUGCAAAAUUACUGAAGAACUGAGAGCCAGUAUUGAGAAGAAAAAUCACACAAUCAGUACGCUCGAAGAAAAAGUACAAAACUUGACAGGUAUCAAGAAAAUCCUACUUUCCUGUAUAUCAAUUUUCCAGAGGAACUGAGCUCCGUUGAAAUAUCCUACAAAGAGGAAACUGAUUCAAGUUCAAAGGUAAAUAUUUUUUAUCUUUUUCUGAUAUUUUUGAUUGACAGGUAGAAGAUCUCGAAAAAACGAUUCGCGACCUCGAAUCAGAAGAUAUCAGCAAAUCGAACCAGAUUGAGAAUCUGCAUGCAAAGUAAUCAGAGAUAAAAAAAAAACUAAAGAACAAAUUUUUUUUUUAGAGUGAGCGAUAUGCUGAACCAAAUGGACACCAUCAAAGAGGAACUGCAGAAAAAGAAUGAUGAAAUCGAGAGCAUCUCAUCUAAGAAUGAUAAUAUCCUCAAGUAUGCUUUUUUAGAAUUCUAAUUUCCUUUUUUCUUACAGGGAUACCGAGCAGCAACAAGCUCAGACUGAGAAAACAUUGGCUGAUCUGAAAAAUGAGCACGCGCAGAAAAUAGAAGAGCUCGAAAAAACAAUCAACCUUGAAAAGCUGGAUGCCGAGAAGAAAGAUGAAGAAAUCGGUUGUCUCAAGGCAGCUCUUAAGAGCAAAGAUUCUGAAAUUGAAACUAUGAAAGAGGAGCUGGAGCAUAUGGUGAGCGAUCAAGACCUUAAAAUGAGUAUGAAAGAUUCAGACGCAACAACUGAAUGAGGAAACAACUGUCGUUCUUCUUGACCAAACUAUUGAAAACCGAGUGAAAGAGAAAGAAGAAGAACUCGAAAAAAUCACGGAAGAACUCCAAUCAAAAAACAGAAGAGUUGAAAGCUUGCAAGUGGAGAUUUCUGAGGAGCAGAAAAUCCAUCGAGCUGAGCUGAAAAAGAGAGACGAGCUGAUUGAACAGCUAACUGCUGCUCAAGAACAACGACUAUAUGUGGAUGAGCAGAUGUGAGUCAAAAGUUCUUCAGAUCUUUUAUUUUUCUUAGAAAUUUAUAUUUUUGAAUUUUCAACGAAUGCGUUUGGAAAGCUCGGAGUGAGGUGAAUCGACUCUUAAAGCGAAAAUGUUUAGGCCUCAAACUUCAAAAAGCGAACAAAGUCCUGAUUUGACACGAGAAAGGCAUCUGAAAGAUCGUAUUGAUGAGCUCGAAGGCGCUUUGGAAGUAAGAUCAUUUGAAAAAAAAAGAAGAAAAAAAAAUUCAGCGAAAAAAUGACCUCAUACAACAAUUGCAAGGACGACUAUGUGAUGAAAGUGCGUCGGAUAAUUUUUCUAAGAAGCGAUCGGUAACCUCUCUCUUUAUGAUCUAUUACGCAAAUUCAUUCAGAGCAUAACUUCGCAUGGUGUCUUUCAAUCCUUUGUCAGCCAAAUGAAAGACAAACGAGAUGAAGCUCACGAGCGCAGCAAAAAGAAGGAAGCUGAAAAGAAAGCGGAAAAAGAGAAGGAAAAAGCUGCCAAGGAAGCUGCUAAAGAGUGAAAAAUGUUAGAACUGUACAAAAUAACCCAGUUAUCUUCAGGAUUGCUAGAGAAAAGUCUCCGGCCAGGUCGAAGUCUCCUUCGUUGUUGACGCGACUCCGAGACCGAAGUCCAGCCAAAUCGAAGUCCCCUAACUUGGAAACUACUCCGUCAACUUCAAGCAGGCAAGUUGUUGAGCUUUUAAAGGAAAUCUGUAAAUAAUCUGCAAGCAAAACAGUUUUCAUAAAGGUAUUUUUUAAUUGUCGUAAACUCAUUCGCCUGGUCUGCAAACAUCAGACCAUACGAUAAUAAACACUAUCGAUUUCACCAAAAACUGUGAUUCAUUAAGGAAGUUUUUUUAAGCUUCUUAUCUGUUUCUGAAGUUUCUUUUUGUGUUUAGGGUGUGUAAAAAACUUGUAUUCUUUAGAAACAUUCAAUAGUUUAAGGGAGUUGAAGGAAAACUCGUACAAUACGUUUUCCGGAAAGGCCAAAAAAAUUGGCAAAAGUUAGCUCAAAAAACAGCUGAUGCGCAAGUUGCUCGUUUUAAUUCAUGGAGUUUUCUGAUGAAAUUUCAUUGUAUUUGACUUCAAAAAAAUUUAAAAAAAUCUUGUAAAAAAAUAAUUUUUUUUCAUUAUAAAUGUGUUUCGCCUGUUUUGAGUCUUUUUGUGCAGCCUAAAAAGGAGAAUAUUCAUCCUAUCUCUGAAAUUUCAAUGAUGCUUUCAAAAACUUUGAGAUAACGUUUUUCAAUCUUUUAACUGGGACUUUCCCCUGGAAAAAUUUUGAUGAUAAUUUUUGCUUUUUCAGGAAUCUUUUAUCGCCUUCCGACGCUGAGAAACGACUCGAACGAAGCUCGCCGUCGCGGCCACUGUUCAGCCGGUCAAAGCGAGAGAGUACUUCUGAGAAACGACCCGCGUGGAAAUUUUGA